UGUAAACCGACUUACCCUACCCGCCGCAAACAAGUCGCCGCGCCGUUCCCCGGCCGACCUCGCUACGCCCCGACCACCGGAGUGCCAUGGAGACGAAGGCCGACAUUGAGGCCGACGCCGAGGACGACUAUAUGGGGGACCUGUCCCAGUUCCUCCCGCCGAGCCCCUCCUCUCCCUCCAGGAGCCUCGGGGUCCGGAAGCAACCGCCCAAGCCGGCUCCGCCGGCGCGAGGGCAGGCAAAGCGCGCCAAGGUGCUGCCGUGGAAGGAGCGCCGGCGGCAGGAGCGCGAGAGGAGCCAGAGGGAGGAGGACGCCCGCACCUUGGCCGGGAUGGCGGAGGCCAUCCCGGAGAGCAACGUUGGGUUCAAGAUGUUGAAGCAGAUGGGAUACGACCCGGCAACCCGUGGUGCCGGCUCCGAGCCGGUCGGAAUCGAGAUCCGCCGCUCUCGGGCCGGACUCGGGGCGGAGCCAGAUGCUUCUGUGGCGCCGCUGCCGCAGUCACCGGAACCCAAGACUCGGGAGGAGGAAGAAAGGGAGAGGAAGCGGGAGGAGGAGAUGGUGGUGGAGCUGAGGUCGAGGAAGAGCACGCAAUGGAAGGGACGGAGGUUGGUGUGGGACUACCGCAAGGCUGAGGCGGUGCUCACGCAGCUGGAGAACAGGGAGGUGGAGCCACCGGCGGCCGAUGGGGAGGAGAAGGGAGAAGAGGAAGAGGAAGAGGUGAUCACUGAAGAGGGUUUACAAACCAUAUUGGAUAAGCUGCGUGAUCAACACUACUAUUGCCUUUACUGUGGAUGCAAGUUUGAGUCAGCAGAAGCACUGGCAAAUGAAUGCCCUGGUCCUAAUGAAGAUGAUCACUGAUCCACUCUGUCAAUAGUGACAAGGGACUGUCCUUCCUGCUACAGUCUGAAUGAAGUUACCGCAGCCAAAAGACACUAGUGUUAAGCGGUGAAGAAACAAGUUGAAUUCAGCUAGCGGUAAUGUCAGCAGAUUGCACUAAACGUUUCCAAUUUCUUUCUAAUCGAGGGACUAUUCAUGAAUCAUCAACCGAACUGUUGAAGUUAGUGUCUUGGGAAGGAUGGCACUGUUUAUCUCUUGUUCUAGCCAAUGCCGGAAUCCCUGUACAGUGCAAUUACAUUGGUGUCGAUCUUGCAUGUGAACUAGCGACCCAUUUAUGCUCACUGUUUGUUGAUCACGGGCUAACAUGUGGCACAAGAUUUGUUAGUGUUGAGUUCAAAUAUUAUGUCAUCAUGACGACUGCAUCAACCAUCCUGCCCUACCUCUGGCAAUUCUUUGUGGGGUCCCUAAUGCUGUUGAGAUCCAGAGGCGCGCGCGCGCACACACACACACACGCUCUUGGCAAACAUCAAAGGUUUCAGCUGUACCACCAAACAAAAUCAACACUAUCACAAGGUCUAGAUCAGCAUCCCUGCAAAUGGUGACGGAAAAAAUGGAGAGAUGCCUGCUUGGAACACAUUCACCUCGGCAGUCUCCGUCACAUGAAAGCAAGUGCUGAUGUUUUGGGGAAGAAUAUACCAGAGUUGUCAUCAGUCACCACUGAUCUGUUCUUUUGGAGUAAAGAAGCUUGAUGUCACAUUCUCACCUCAGCCAGCCCAUCAACAGGACACCACCGGUGCUGAGAGCAUGCUGCAAAGCCACGCUGUGUGAUUGCGAUCUCAACUUUGCAUGCAUAAACAAGAAGAGAUUCCUGGCAAUGCAAUGCAGUGCAGGAGUAACAAGGGAAUAAAUACGCCGAGCCAAGAGUCCUCGGCAAGCACACCGAUACUUGAAAUUCAUUUAGGUUUACAUCACAUGGGCGCAAAUAGUUUGGAUUUCAUGGACAUUAUGCAUAAGGAAGAAA